AUGUCUACCAACAGAUUCAUCCAGUCUUUCACUCAGGUCCCAAAGGAGCUGUUCCGCCUGAACACAGCGGCUGCUGUUCGCCUCCGCGCUCAGCCAGGCCCUGUGCGACCGCAACGCAGCUUCGAUCUUCUUACAACCGCAGGAAAGGUUCAACCUAAGGCUCUCAAUCCGGCUACUUAUGAAUGGCCAAACGGUGCUUCCAUGCGCCCCAAUUCUGCAGGACAGCAGAAUCUCGUUCGCACUUUCCGGGGCUCUUCGAUCUACGUCUACGCUAUUCCAGCAGGGACUGUUUUGCCUGACGAUCUCAUUCUCGUCCACGAGUUUGGCGACCAUUACUCAUUGCAAGCCCGAAAGGAGAUGACAGUGGAAGAACUGAACUCAAAGAUCAAUGAUUUUCUGACCACCAAGGGGCAGCGAUUCACCAAGGACGAAUGGCUGCAGCGGUACCCUCAGGCGACUGAGUAA